GUCUUGUCAUAUAUCAUUAGUUAAAAAUAUACAUUUUUCCAGAAAAAUUUCAACUCCAAAAAAAUAUUUUAAAAAAUGCAAGUGAAAUUUAUUGUGACUGUGUUAACACUUUGUGGGUUCGCCCAGAUCCAAGCUGAUUUCGCUGAGGAUUGUCUUAAAAAGCAUAAUGAGUACAGGAAAAAACACAGUGCCCCAGACCUAACAUUGGACCAGGAGUUGAGUAACGGCGCUGAAUCAUAUGCCAAGGAAUUGGCCGAAAAGGACGUAUUUGAGCACUCAAAAGCUCCUGGUCUUGGUGAGAACUUAUACCUUACUAUUGGAGGAGACCCGAAUGAUUGUGUAAAGGCGUGGUAUGAUGAAAUAUCCCUCUACGAUUUUAAGAAGCCAGGCUUCGCCAUGAACACCGGACACUUCACCCAAGUCGUUUGGAAGAGCACUACGAAACUGGGCAUGGGCAAAGCCAAUGGCAAAGAUCGCAAAGUCUAUGUUGUGGGACGGUACCAGCCAGCAGGCAAUACAAUGGGGAAAUUCGAACAGAAUGUUCUCAAAAGCAACAAUGGUGUUACCCACUCAGUGUCAUAUGGCUUUAUUGCUCUUGCUGCAGCUUGGCUUCGUAUUGAAUUUAUUGUUUAGAUCUAUUAAGAAUAGCUUAAAGUAUGCAGCGAAGUGCAUUGUAAUUUAAUAAAUUCAUAUAAUAAUAUAGC